AUGUAUAAUACCCAAACUGAGUUUGUAAUCGAAAAUGUUUGGUAUUUUGUUUUGGUAGUGAUAUUAACUAUAGUCAUAGCAAUAUCAGGAGAUAUUAUCGAAAAUUCUGGAUACAAAAUAAUUAAAUUAUUGCACAUGUUGCAACUAACUAUUGAAGACGAAUUUCUGAAGCAGCAGUUAAGUGAAUUUUCUGUUUUGGUUGUAGAACUCAGGCCAUCUUUAUCAGUGUGUGGAUAUUUAGAUGUAAACAGAAGGCUGUUACCAAUGUUGAUGUCCAGUUUUACGGCUUAUGUAAUCAUACUGAUUCAGUUAAAGCAAUAA